AAUGCACUUAUUACCUGUAAACACGUAAAAUGACAGGUGUUGUAAACAUGGUAUAUUUAAUCGAAAACUCCAUUAAUUGUCCUCAAAUAUGUAAAACAUCUUUUCACAUAACAUUGAUAUAAUGCCGUACUCAGUUUUGACCAUAUUAGUCCUGCUAAAUUUUACUCUGGGUCUUUGCCAGGCAAACGUAGGGUGUUCCAACUGUUUGUAUGGCCUUUCGGAACACUGUGUACAGGAAGGUGAGGAGUUCUCCUGCCUUUUUGGCUGUAUGCCUGGCUGGGUAGGGGACACAUGUAACAGGACAUGUUCACGCUCCAGCUGCAAGGAGUGUAUCAUCAAUGGAGGCCUUGAAGAAUGUACAAGGUGUUAUGCAGGACAAUAUGGCCCUCUCUGCAACAUACCCUGUAACACAAACUGCAAGGGGUUUAGCAGCAUGGACGACACAUGUGACUUCUACGGUAACUGUUUGUUCGGAUGUAAGCCAUUUUGGGAAGGCCCCAGGUGUGACCAUCACAACUGUACAAUAGAGCGAUGUAAUCACUGUCGGAUAUCUACAUACAAAAAUAAAGAGUGCUACCAAUGUCAUGAAGGAUAUUAUUGGGACAGUGAAAGAGAAGUGUGCACUGCGUGCAGCAGCAACUGUUUGAACGGAGCAAAUGAUUGCAACACACAGACUGGCGACUGCACACACUGUAGAUCAGGAUACUUUGGAAACCGAUGUGAUAAGCAAUGCACUAUUAUGAACUGUUUAAACUGCAGCUCAAGUGCAAAGUGUAAAGUGUGUCAAUCUGGUUUUUAUCCUGCUCAGAACAGGGCAGUGUGUAACUCUUGCGAUGACCGCCACUGUAUCGGGACUUGCAGCCAGAGUACCGGGGACUGUCCGGAAGGCUGUGAGGCUGGCUGGUAUGGAAAAGACUUCUUCUGUAAUCUGGAGUGUAAGGUGAACAACUGUGCACAGUGUGCCCUCGGGUUCAUGAACACAGAACUGUGCGUGCGAUGCAAUCCUGGCUACUAUGUGAAUGAUGGUGGCUGUACAAUAUGUCCUGAGAAUUGUAAAGACAACCUCUGUUAUGAGUUAAAAAGCACUUGUAAAAAUGGUUGUAAGGCUGGUUACUAUGGUGACAAUUGCCAGUGGGAAUGUAACAGUGGCUGUGACAAUGGGGAAUGUGAUCCGGAUACUGGCAAUUGUGUCUGUAAGUAUGGCUGGUUUUCUGAUAGAUGUGACCGGUUGUGCCCCAACUACUGUUCAUCUGACACUUGUGCCUCAUACAAUGUCACUGCUGGCUGUGCCAGUUGUGAACCAGGCAGAUACGGCAGGGUCUGUGAACUGAAAUGCAGUUCUAACUGCUCACCUAAGGGUUACAUCUCCAACAACUACAUAUACUGCAAUAAGGUGAACGGUUCCUGUGAUGGACCGUGCCAGAAUGGAUUUUACGGUCACAACUGCUCCACCACAUGUCCAGGUGGUUGUGGGGGCAGCUGUGAUCAGGAUACAGGGAUGUGCAUUUCUGGCUGCGAAAUCCACAACUACGGCAAGCUGUGUCACUUAUGCCCCAAGAACUGUGUUCGUUCCCAGCUUGCCUAUAAAAGAACGUGUGACAUGGACACAGGGGAAUGUUUCCUAGGCUGUGCAGCAGGAUUCUAUGGGCCGCUUUGCAGUAUAACCUGUGAUGCAAACAAACAUUGCAAGGACAACAAAUGUGAUGAUUCAGGGAAAUGUGAAUUGGAGUGUGAGCAAUCUGGUAUCUGUGUGGGCGACUGUCCGGCCGGCUUCUUUGGGCCGAAGUGUGACAAGAAAUGUAGCUCUACUUGCACGGGUGGUGUUUGUUCGAAGGAAUUAGGUUCAUGUGUGUAUGGGUGCCUGGAUGUGGUGAUGUACGGUACUCAGUGUGACAAGCUGUGUCCGGUGACAUGUGUGAACCAGUCAUGUGACCGCAAGACUGGACACUGCAUCACCUGCGGGAUCGGCAAAUAUGGCAGCAUCUGCACUGAUGACUGCUUGCCGGGAUGGUGGGGCGAGGGUUGUCGGGAAACAUGUGGCCACUGCAAGGACUCAAACCCAUGUAACAUCAUCAAUGGCAACUGCCCCCUCUCUGCUGGAUGUGAGGUGGGAUGGACAGGGGCAAAGUGCCUACAGGGUUCCCAAAGAAGCCACCAAAUGAAUACGGCUGAGAGAUCCAACCUUGCCAUUGCCCUUGGUGUGAGUGUUUCUGUGGUGCUGGUCAUCAUAGUCUUGGUGGCCAUUUUCUACUGGUGGAGGAGGAAAUCCCACGAGAAGACUUCACAUAAUGAACCUGAGCCAGCUGUGGUCUCCACAACUACUAUUGAGGCCAUGGGCAGUGGACUGGAUGAGCCAGGUUCAGGGGACAGUGAUAGGGACAGUGCCCGCAGUGACACCAAGCUACUUGCAGAGGAAACAUCGGGUCUGCGGGUGACGUCAGGUUCGAGUCUCAGGGAGAGCCACCACCACAGACUGUACGAGGGGCAGGUGCUGGUUGGAGGGACUUUCCAUGAUUGCUGUGUCCGCAUCACUCAUCUUGGGGAAGUAGAGUCAAAAUCCAAGGAAGUCUGGAGGCGCCUUAUGAAUGAGACUGAGAUACAAAGGCUGUCAUGCUCACACUCAAAUGUUGUACAGCUCUUACAAACAUACCAAAACAGAAGUAUAUUCUGUGUGGCGUUUGAUGUGUGUAUGAGGAACAGUCUCCAUGACUUUCUGCUAGCCAUGCCUCCUGGUCGUAAAGGCAACCGAGACAUUGUCAUUCCACUGACCAAGAUAUGUGUGGACAUUGCAGCUGCACUUAGCCAUCUGCACAGUCUGCAUGUGCUACAUCGACAGUUGAGGCCCUGCCAUGUGUACAUGACUGGUGCAGGGGAGGCCAAAUUGGGGGACUUCUACUGGGCAAAGCUGGUCUCUGGUACUGACACCCAGACAGUAGAAGAGUUUGUGGUGGAGGGCGGAAAGAUGCGGCUGGCCCCAGAGACCCUGCUGAACUCACAUUACACAGACAAGACCGACAUAUGGGGUCUUGGCCUGAUAUGCUGGGAGGUGAUGUCAGUGGGGAAGGUCCCGUAUGCAGGUCUAGAUGAGCAGACGUACAGACAGACAGUGCUUGAUGGGUCACGCCCACCCAUGUGUGCCUAUAUGCACAUGUACAUGUAUUGCGUGCUGAAGAGCUGCUGGCAAUAUUACCCAGAUGACAGACCAAAUGCAGAGCAAGUUCUCAACCAGCUCCUGGAUGUUCAGGUAGAAGGAAGAGUGUCUGAAUCUAAAGAAACUGCCCUAGAAAAAGAAAGGCGCCAUGGACAACCAUUGAACUCGAGACAGCUGCCAACAUCAAAAGAAGAUGUGUCUGUAAUCCUAAACCCUAAAUUUGGUGCACGGUAUGCUAACAAACAGUUUCCAUUGUAUGAAAACCAACAUUCCAUAAAAGCUGAAGCCUGUGAUCAAGAUACAUUUUCUACCAAACAUACUGGUAUUCCCAGUGCAAAUCCUGGUGCUACCGGCAGACCAAGUGCUAGACCAAAGGCCUCCUACCAGGAGCUGCCACAGAAUGAUCAGGGAAAGUCAUCUGCCCAGCAAAACCCAACCAUCCAUCAUCACCCAACCACCCAGACCCAUCAUCAACCAACCACCCAGACCCAGCAUCGCCAAACCUCCAAGACCCAGCAUCGCCCAAAUACCCAGACCCAGCAUCAACCAACUACCCAACAUCAACCAACCACCCAGACCCAGCAUCACCUAACUGCUAAACCUCAGCCACAUGCUCAAUGGGGCCCGAUGCACAAUGAUCAGCAGAGGAAACAUGCACCCCUGGAGCAUCCUGGACAACUGUCAGCACACAAUAAGCAGAAGAAUGACAAACUUCAGGAUGAAUACACCAACCACUACAGUAACCCUUCUGAUAAAGGAGUUUACCAAGCUAACUUCUUGAUGAAUAAACCUGAAAGAAACCGUGAUUGCACAUCUUCCACCACUCCUCACCAGGCAUUUAGGCAGACUGAAAACAGUGUCAAGUUGGCAGACAGUGAAAUCUUUGAGACAGAAAUAUAAUGAAUCUCAAAAUGGCAGUUCCAUAUAACCUCAUUUCCAUAUCUUGACUAAAUUGGAAACUUAUCUGUCAAUUGUUUAUAUGUGUGGAGAAAGUUUAUUUUGACUAUUUGCCAUACUAUAGUAAGACUUACUGUAAGUGCUUUUUACCAUAGGUUGUUUUCCAAUAAGCAGAUAUUUAUUGGGAACAUGUAGUUCGAAAAUUAAGAUUAACACCGUUUAUGCAUGACCACUAAUAUUUGAUAAGGGCAUUUGAGAAGAUAAUUGUGAUAAUUUAUUGAUGAGAAUUUAAUCAUAUUCUUAUGAUGUUUCUUUACAAAAUGAUUUUUUUUUAUAAAGAUAAACUUUGCUAUUUAUUCAUUUAUUAUAUUUUCUUUUCCAUUAAGUAUACGACAGCUUUUGAGCAUGUGAGCAAUUUCCACAAUGCAAUAAAUAAAUAAUCGGUGCCGAAACUGACGACUUAAAAAAUAUAUUGUAAGACGUUUCAUUAUAGACUAAAAAUGGUCGUUCGAAACAUCAGAUUACUAGAGAUUUUAGCUUGUGCCCCGGCGUCCUGGAGCGAUUGCAGUUUUACUGUAAUACUUAUUUAUUUUGUAACUGUAUCAUAGGACACAUCAGCCUGUAUUGACCUGUAUUGUCACUUGUGAUAUAAUUCUAUGACAUUUAGUACAGCUAUGUAGCCAUAUUACUUAAGAAAUAAAGCAUAAUGAUGAAAUUGUAUUUAUAUUUUAUCUCCCUUGUUUGGCAAAUCAAGAAAUACUUUGUAUACUUUUGUGCCAUGAUAUUAUUGAAAAUUAUUACUACAGCGCAAUUUAACAUGUAUGUGUAUCCAACAAUUAUAUAUGAAAGUGUCAAGUUUGAAGUUAUAUUUUUUACGCAGACUAUGUUUAUGUGUGACCCUCGUAAACUUUGCUUGUCUGUAUAGCCUUAACCAUGCGCCUCUAAACAGGCUCUGUGUUUAUUGUUUGACCAAGUACUGGGCUUGUCUCUGUAGUUUCCAAUGUAUUAGUUCAAGGACAGUAUUCAGAUUAUAGAUUUGUUGCUGUAAUUUAUUACAUGUUAUUUUAUAUUCAAUAAAGGCCCCACAAUUUUCAUUGUGGAUGCUCUAUAGUAAUCAUCUUGUCAUGGCAUUCUGUAAGUUUCCAAUUGUUUUCUUAAUAACUUUAAAACCAAAGACAUCAGCUAAAAACUUCAAAAUAGUUCAUCACAGUAACACUUUUUUACCACAAGUAACAUAACUGUGAUGUGAAUAUCGAUAGGUGUAGAACCCGGUAUAAACAUAUUCAAAUUGAACAAGUGAAUUUACUUUUUAUUACAAGCUUUUGAGGAUUAGAUGAAAUAUAUAUAAAAAAAAAGUUGAAGCACUAUGUACUGAAAGAUGUGAAUGAAAAUUGAAACAACGAUUACGAGCAGUAAUAUAUUGAACUCGUGAACAUUUGAAGAACUAUAACUCUGUGGCUUGUGAUACUAAUUGAGGUAGUGAUGCAAAAGAAUUUAUUUUUCAUCAGAGCUUGAAAAGUAUGAGAUGAACGUGAAUCAUUAAUUUAUGCCAAUGUUGACUUGUUACAUUUUAAAAACCAUAACUCUGAGACCUGUUGUUUAUAAAUUGCUUCCCUGUACAAACAAAGUAUGUUUGAAAAUUAUUCAUAACUUAUGCCAGUGUUAACUGGACAUAUUUUAAGGAACAUACAUUUGUGACCAGUGGUUAAUGCUGUGUUUCUUGAAUAAUUAUGGAAUAUAAAAAUAAUAUUUGAGCAUAGCUUUUGGCAUGUAGUUUAAAGUGCUAGCUUGGUUUUCUAUUUUUGUUUAUGACUUGCAAUACAUGACUGUAUUUUGUUUGUUGUAGAUUGAUGUUAUACGGAGCGUUUUGUUAAUAAAAGGAAUACUAAAACAUU